AUGUUUGCAGACGCCUGCCCCAUAGGUGUUGGAACUGCUGGGUUGUUUGUUUAUAUCCCUCGCGCACAAGAACUCCUCUCCGUUUUCCCUGUCGGUUGGAUUCAGCCUCUCAGCUCCAAGCGCAUGGCUUCUGCAGAUCAAGCUCUCCUAGACAACAAGCUGGAACAGACCUCUACAUCAAAUACCUUUGUGCAUCUUCCUAAGUUAUCCCCUAAUGCUCCGUCGUCUUCGUCUGCUCGCUCUGGUUAUAAGCGCUCGCCUACCCCAAGUGUUGCGCGAUGUAACAAUAUGUCUCGUGUAAACCAUGAUAAUGCCUAUAGAGAUCUGGAAAGUGCCACAAAGGAUGAUAGUGACAGCACUGCUACCGGAGGACUGUCCGUUUCCGAGAUUCAAAUCGUUGAAGGCAAGGUUACAGAAACGGUCAAAGAAACCGUUAUUAAAAGGAAAUCGACACCAAGAUUAAGGCGGAGAGAAAGUGUUCAGUUUGCCAAUCGCAUCAGGGUCGUACACACGCCUGUGAGGGUAAACGCCACAAGUAAGCUUAGUCAGGUCGCUUGCGGUGCAAACACAAUAUAUGCCUUAUCGGAGAACGGCAACCUGUUUGUUCUGCCGCUCAAUUCGCUCACAGAGGAGCCGACCUCUGCCUGUUUGACACUCAUGAACGUGGAUAAGGUGGACAUGAGACAAGACCCUAUAAUACAUGUAGAUUGCGGCGAGCACCAUGUUGUUGCUUUAACGCUCCAUGGCAAGGUGUUAUCCGCGCCACAGUCGAGUGAUGGAAAUAAAUACGGACAAUUGGGCUUAGGCCAUUUCAAAGACUUGUACCAAACGCAAGUCGAAGAUACGGAAAAAGGAGAACCCUAUACGAAGUUGCAUCUACUUCAGGACAUUUCGAAUCAGAUUAUCACUCGCGUCGCCUGUGGGAAAGCACAUACUCUCGCACUCACAGCCAGUGGUGAGGUUUUUGGUUUUGGUAGUGAUCGAUGCUUUCAACUUGGGCUCGGUGGAUGGGACUCGAAGCUGUCCACCGCCCGCCACUCUCCGACAUAUAUGACUGGCCUAUGGCCCUCUGGAACAUACGAUGGUUGUCGAAAAGGUCAGACAGGGCAUUCUUGA